GCUGCUUCCACAGAGUCAGUGCGAGUCACCAGCUGCCAAACAGAGUCCACUACUCACACUUGUUUGACUUUCAAGGAAAGUACUCCAGCCGCGAGACACAGCUGCAGCAACCUCUGGGAAAGCUCGUGCAGAAGACGAAACUAGAUUUUUCAGAACAGAGCCCCGAAGACACACUCGCACAAGGCAGUCUACUGUAGUCCGGCCCUGAAAGCAUCACUGCUGCCAUGCACAGGCUCGUUUCCAUUGCCCUGCUAUUCCUGGGAGCCAGUUUGGCUGCUUCCCUCUUCCUUCCUGACUCGCUGGAGCUGAGGCAGAUAAUGCAACGCUACCAGGACGAGCUGGAGCCCAACGGCACAAAAGCUGAUGCACCUUUACGCACUCGCAGAGCCAUCAGGUGGUCAGACAGAGAGGAGAUCCUGCAACUGCACAACAAGCUGAGAGGAGCAGUGCAACCGACUGCCUCCAACAUGGAGUACAUGGUAUGGGACGAUGAACUGGAGAAGUCAGCAACCUACUGGGCAGAACAGUGUGAGUGGGAACAUGGACCUAAAGAUCUACUGAUGUCCAUCGGGCAGAACCUGGCAGUGCACUGGGGAAGGUACCGCUCUCCGGCCUACCAUGUGCAGGCCUGGUACGAUGAGGUGAAGGACUACACCUACCCUUACCCACAUGAGUGUAACCCCUGGUGCCCUGAGCGCUGCUCUGGACCCAUGUGCACCCACUACACACAACUGGUUUGGGCCACGACCAACCGUGUCGGCUGUGCUGUUCACACGUGUCCGCGUAUUAACGUAUGGGGAGAAAUCUGGGAGAACGCCGUCUAUCUCGUCUGCAACUACUCACCCAAGGGGAACUGGAUCGGGGAAGCCCCUUACCAACAAGGCGUACCCUGUUCCCAGUGCCCACCAAGCUAUGGAGGAAACUGCAGAGACAGACUCUGCUACAAGGGAGACCCUGAACGUCACGAGUCUCCAGAUAUGAAUGAGGUGGAGAUGCCGCAGGAGCCCGUUCAGCCUCGGACGACUCCAACUAAACCUCAACCCAAACCCUAUUUCCCCCAAAAACCUGCAAAUGCCAAUCCUUCCUCAACCAGGACUACAAGAACUACCUAUCUAGCACAAAACAUUAAGUGUGAGACAAAAAUGAGGGACAAAUGUAAAGGAGCAGCCUGCAACAGGUACAACUGCCCGGCGAACUGCUUAAAUAAGAAGGGGAAAGUGUGGGGAACACUCUACUAUGAUGUUCAAUCGAGUAUUUGUCGUGCUGCUAUCCACUACGGAAUAAUCGACAACAAUGGAGGCCUUGUGGAUGUUACAAGAAAAGACAACUUCCCAUUCUUUGUAAAGGCAACCAAGAAUGGUGUAGAGUCAUUAAGUAAAUACAAACCUGGCAAUGCAUUUACAGUGUCGAGAGUGGAAGAGCAAACUAUAGACUGCUACACAACAGUGGCUGAGAUUUGUCCCUUCAAGGCAUCCACCUCUCACUGUCCAAGAGUCUUCUGCCCAGCUAAUUGCAUAAACGAACCUUCAUAUUGGGCUCCAGUGGUUGGCAGCAACAUCUACGGAGAUGGCUCCAGUAUCUGCCGAGCAGCUAUCCACUCCGGGGUGAUCAAAGCCAGCGGCGGCUAUGUGGACCUCCUGGCUCUGGAUAAGAGGAAAAGCUACACCGGGACCUUGAAGAAUGGCAUCCAGUCUGAGAGUAAAACCAAUACAGAAGGCGGUUCGUUCCGUGUCUUCGCUGUUAGAGAGUGAGAAGGCACUGACGAGACACAAAAGAUCACCGACUCUUGAAAGUCAGGACAUAUCAAAUGAAAUGUAACUUUUGGACGAACGAGACAUUUACAGAAGACCAAAGGAUCUGUCAAAGUCUGCUAGCUCAGUCCAUGGCUUCCAAAGGUUUUAUAUACAGUAGUGAACAAUAUUUUUGACCACACAUGCAACUCUUAACUAAAUACAGUGUGGUAGAAAUGGUAUUUUAACAGCGAUGCUGGUUUUAAUCGUUGUUGUUGUUUUUUAGAUUCAAGUAAGUCAGUUUUUAUUAUAUUCUAUUAGUCUUGAAUACAAGCAAAUUCUCUAAUUUUCAUACAAAAUGCAUAUUGAUUACACUGUAUUUAAUCUGUACAGAUAUGUUGUUGAUUUAUCAGGCUUGUUGCGUGUUUCUCAUCUUUUUUGCCUUAUUUCCUAAAUCAUUUUUGGAAGCCGGAGCUGGAACAGGGUGUAAUCUUCACGAGGAAUCACAAAAUUACAAACAUAAUAUGAAAAUAUAGUUCUGAGCUCAGAGCUCAAGUUACAUCUGUCUCAAAAGUUGGUUCUCUAUUGUUAAAAUCUAUUUCUCGAUGAGGAAAAUUAGUGGGGUUUUUACUCCUGGAAAUUUUUGCGCUCUACAAUAGUAGUUGAGUGUGUACAGUGCAGUAGGGGCGAUUUAUUGGACCUGAAGUGGGCAAACAAAUGCUUCACAGAGAAAUGGCAAAGAAACAGAGGCAAACCUCCAAGCAAAAGAAACCUUUCCUUCAUAAUGCAUGCGAGCCUUCCAGAGUCAACAGUACUCAGACAUUAUGGUAAAGGUGCACAAACAUUGAAACAAUGUUCAAUCCCAGGAGGAUUCACAGUCACCGAGUGCAUGUUUAGGCUCAUCUUUCAUUAUGGUACCUUCAUUUUUGUUAUUUAUUAUUAUGCCUCCUUUAACCCCUGCUCAGAACUGCAAAUUCUGUGGAACAGAUCCAAAUAUUUAUGAAUGCAGCACAUGAUAUGUGCUCACAUGAGAAUCAAACGUCUGUCAGCGUCUAACAUAUUCCUGUUUGGUUAAAUGCUUUACAAAUCCCAGAGCUUGUCAUUACUGCCAAAAGCGAUUUCAUUAGAAGUUGAGCUUUAUUUUUAUUUUGCACGAAAUGAAACUCAAGUGCGCCGUGCUGACUGAACAUCAGUUUAUUUAAACCACUUUAUACUGCAAUGUAAUAAAAAGGUACUUGCGCUAAAAGCAAUGCCACUGAUGGGAAAGAGACUGUUGUAUAUUCUUCUUAUCUCAAUGCAUAUCUCUUAGUUCGUGUUCAAAAGUCAAGGAUUUAGACUUAAUGUUGACGUUCAGAUGAAAUAAGGGCCGUGGAGCACAAUAAUCCCUUUAAAGGCUUCCGUUUUGCUGCUUUUAACUUUUUUUUUUUUAACCUACUUUUAUUUUCUUUGUAACUUUCUUGAAUUAUUACCUCAGUCUUGUUGCAGCGUUUAGAUUUUUUUGAUAUCUUGAGUUUAGAUUUUUUUUUAAGGGACAUCAUAAAUGUUUGUACAGUACAAUGGUUUGUGUAAAUAUUCAGAUUUGUGCUUUGUUUUCAAGUCUGUAUUGUAAAAGUAUAAAAGUGUAUGCCAUCUGGGCCUUUUUAAAGCCAGAGGAUAAUUGUUUUUGCACAAAUGUAAAAUUAUAAAGACUAUAAAAACUAUGAAAAAAC